UGAGUUGUCCGUGGGGACAUCAGGAGUCAUAGCUACAUCACUGACCACACCAUUCUGAGGCAGUGGAUAUAUAUAUAUAUCAACAGGUAGCACAUGCCCUGAGUGGCCGCUGAGAUGACACGCCCCGGCCGGAUCGCCUCGACCAGCCUCCUUUUCUUCAGGAGGCUUUUAUUGGCACUUAUGACGAUACACACAGCAUUGGGGGGAGACAAGACAGAAAGGUGCGAAGGUCGAGACUGCAGCCUCUGCCAAUGUUUCGCCUCCAAAGGAGAGAGGGGGAAUCCUGGUGUGUUAGGUUGGCAGGGUCCACAGGGGCCUCCAGGUUUGCCUGGCCCCCAAGGACUUCAUGGCGAAAAGGGUCGAUGUGGACUUAUAGGAUUGCCUGGGCUCUCUGGCCCGGAAGGAGACCAGGGCUUUCAAGGAGAAAAAGGCUAUGCUGGGUUAGAUGGAGUGCCUGGUCAUCCAGGGCCUGGUGGUCUUCCUGGGUUUCCAGGGAAGGAUGGCUGUAACGGAACCAGAGGGGAACGUGGGUUGAAUGGUGAGAUAGGACGACCCGGCUUCCCAGGACCCAUGGGACUACCUGGGUUAAAAGGAGCCAAAGGAGACAAGAUUACAAGGAUAACUUUCAUUCCUGGAGCACCGGGUGUUGAUGGACUUCCUGGAAUCCCUGGACCACAAGGACUGAAAGGGUUGUUUGGCCCACAAGGUCCACCAGGACGAAUGGGACCUGAUGGAUCUAUGGGCUUACAAGGAUUACCAGGUCCAACAGGCCCACCGGGAGACCCAGGAAGAUCACUGCCUGGACCAAAUGGAGAUGAGGGGGAACAGGGUCCUCAGGGUGAUCCAGGUCCAUUUGAAUAUGUGGAGUCUAACCCAGAAGACUGUGUAAAAGGCGAUAAGGGGAGAAAGGGACAGAAAGGAAUUUGUGGAGUACCUGGGACAAAGGGUUUUGAAAGGCCUCCAGGAGAAAAGGGAGAGAAAGGCAUAAUUGGGUUCUCUGGUCCCAGAGGCCUUCCUGGAUAUCCAGGCAGAAAAGGCUCUCAAGGACCUAAGGGGUCACGUGGGGAUAAUGGUCUCCCUGGUCUAUAUGGCAACCCAGGGCCAAAGGGCUACCCAGGUGACCCCGGACCUAAAGGAAACCCAAAGUAUCAUUACAACCGUGUGAUGGCUUUGUGUAUUUAUUUUAUGUGUGCUGGAGGACCACCUGGAGAUCGUGGGCUUCCUGGUGCAGCCGGACUUCCUGGGGAUAGAGGGACGAUGGGUAUAACUGGACCCCCUGGUGAUCCAGGAGCAUCUAUAACAGGUCCAAUGGGUGAAUCUGGUCUGCAGGGUCUUAAUGGACUCAAACGAGAAAAAGGUGACCCAGGAAAAAUAUAUGGGUCACUCUUAAACUAUGGGGAACCUGGAAAACAGGGUCGUCCUGGACCCAAAGGACAAACUGGAAAUCCUGGGAAUCCUGGUUACUACUUCCUGCCUGGUGAGCGUGGAGAAACUGGACAGGUUGGAAAUAGAGGGCCACCUGGAUUAAAAGGUGUUCAGGGAAGAAAAGGUCCUGAUGGGCGAUGUGUAUGUGACCCACUUGGUGAUAUACCCGGAGAUCCUGGCCCCCCAGGCCCUCUGGGUGUCCCUGGUGAUCCUGGGCAAACAGGGUUCCAGGGCCCUCCUGGCGAUGUCGGACCCAUUGGAGAGAUGGGUGUGAGAGGUGUAACUGGUCCCAGAGGCUUCGCAGGUGUCAGAGGGCUUAAAGGAGAGAAAGGAGAUGUUAUGGUGAUGAACAAAAAGGGGGAGAAAGGUGGCACGGGAUCUGUUGGACCAUCUGGAAAACCAGGGUAUAAUGGGAGGAAAGGGGCUGAUGGGAAAAUGGGUGCCCCUGGAGAUCCUGGAUCUCUGGGAGAUAGUGUUGUUGGUCCACCAGGUGACAGGGGGUGUCCGGGGGCUGCUGGUGUGAAAGGCGUAAGAGGUCCAACUGGUGUUCCUGGCCCGAAUAUGAUGGGGUCAGUUGGGCGACGGGGGCAACAAGGGGACCCAGGACCUCAAGGCCAGACGGGACCUCCUGGUCCUAAAGGCGUUCAAGGUGAUACACAGCCCUGUGGACCUGGCAUACGUGGAGCCCCUGGUUGCAAAGGAAUGCCUGGUUGUAAAGGUGAGAAAGGUAAGCUUGGAAAUCCAGGAUGCAAAGGACAAAAUGGACCAGAUGGUCCCAAGGGAGAGAUUGGAGACCCUGGUGAUUGUGGGCUAACAGGACUUAAAGGUCCAGAUGGAUCUUUAGGAGAUCCAGGUGACACUGGCCCAGACGGUAUCAGUAUUAGUGGCUUACCUGGCACACCUGGUAUUCGUGGACCCCAGGGUCUGAAAGGGUCUUUUGGAGACUGUAUUGCAGGGGCUCCAGGACCGAUGGGGCCCUCUGGAAUUCAGGGAUGUCAGGGCCCUAAAGGUGUCCCUGGACCUCCUGGACCAAUUGGAUUGCAAGGUGCAUGUGGAAUUCCUGGACCUCCUGGUAGAAAAGGGGAAAAAGGAAUGGAUGGUACACCAGGACCCCCUGGUUGCCCAGGUGGGAGACCAGAGCACUGUGACAAAGGACAAGCUGGUCCACCUGGUAAACCAGGACCACCAGGCUUCACUGGACAGAGAGGGUGCCCUGGAGAGAGAGGACCACCUGGGGAGGCAGGAUCUCCAUGCAUUGGAGCCAAAGGAGAAUGUGGUAAGCCUGGUACCCCGGGCAAUCAAGGACGAGCAGGCCUUCAGGGACCUUCAGGAUUCAUAGGGGACAGUGGAAACCCUGGAAGCCCUGGACCAAAGGGUUUGCCUGGAUUUCCUGGCCAAGAUGGCUUUCCUGGCAACAUAGGGAAGACUGGCCCUUUAGGGGCUCCUGGACCGAAAGGCUAGGGAUUUCUAAACGGAACCAAGGGCCAGAAAGGAUGCAUUGGACCUCCGGGAGACACAAUUUCAGUGCCAGUGAAAGGCCAGAUAGGGCCACCUGGACCUAUUGGAGAGAAUGGUGUCUGUGGAGAAAGGGGUAAUAAAGGUGACCCAGGUCUGCCUGGACAACCUGGGUAUCCGGGACAUAAUGGACCUCCUGGGUUUGAAUGUGGCCACCGUGGACCGCCAGGCGUUCCUGGGCUGUCCGGUGAGCCUGGCGCACGUGGGCAACGUGGGCCAAAGGGAAUUGUGGGAUUCCCAGGGGAUAAUGGUGAUCCAGGUGAUCCUGGAUUGUCUGGUCUGCCAGGAACCCCUGGUUUCCCUGGGUUUGAUGGUCCUAAAGGUGACAAAGGUAAAUCUAUUGGUGAGCCAGGACUUACAGGUGAGAGAGGGCCAUGUGGAGACAGAGGCAUGUCAGCUCCCCCUGGUGGCGAAGGAGACUGCGGUGACCCUGGCCCACAAGGGCCUAGGGGAUGCUCUGGUCCACCUGGACCACCUGGGAACAAUGGCCUGACUGGACUUCCAGGAGUCGUUGGACCCCCAGGUCCUUGUGGAAGACAUGGUCCAGAAGGUCCUCCUGGGCCUCCAGGUUCCCCGGGCCCUAAUGGAAACCAAGGAGGGAUUGGCCUUAGAGGACCUCCGGGGCCCCCAGGGCUCCAUGGACUGGACGGCCUGAAGGGGGAAAAGGGGUAUCGAGGACAGGAUAUAAACGGUGAUAGGGGCAAUAAAGGGCUGGCUGGAGACAAGGGCGCUCCAGGAGACUCAGGGUUGCGAGGCCCAUCACAAACAGGUGUUCGAGGUCCAAAAGGACGGCGUGGGUGCCAAGAAGACCCUGGUCCAAUGGGUCCUCCAGGCUUUCGUGGUGAAGAAUGUAUGAUUCCUAAACAUGGACCUUGUGGAGAACGGGGUUGCGCUGGUCCAGAUGGACCUCCAGGGCCCAAGGGAGAGGAAGGAGAGGCAGGCUUUGUGUUCACAGUGACUGGUGAUUUUGGUGACCCAGGUGAUCCUGGGUCACCAGGGUGUAAAGGAGAAAAAGGAUUGUGUGGACCCUGUGGCCUCCCAGGGUCUGAGGGCCUAGAAGGUCCAAAAGGUGAAACAGGACAAUGUGGACUUAUGGGCCAUCCAGGACUCCCUGGCCCCAAAGGUGAUUGUGGGCCACUAGGACUCUGUGGUGCAAAAGGAGACAAAGGGUACCCAGGGCUAAAAGGAGAGCCUGGGACUGUCAUAAGUCCUACUACUCCUUGUCCCCUUCCUCGGGGUCCUACUGGUGCUCGUGGUGCACCUGGCCUGGUUGGUGAAGUUGGUGAACAUGGACCUAAUGGCAUUGGGGGUCCGAAUGGUAUAAAGGGACAAAAAGGAGAUGGUGGAUUUCCUGGACUUCCUGGGCCAGAAGGAGCAGACGGACUAUCUGGAAACCCUGGAGAGAGCGGCGAGAAAGGAGAAAAAGGCAUGCCGGGACCACCAGGACCAGUUGGUGAUCAGGGUCCUCCUGGACGGUCUUCCUCCGGCUUCCUUUUGGUGAUGCACAGCCAGUCUGAGAUUGUGCCCACUUGUCCUUCGGGCCUAACAGAUUUAUGGAACAGCUACAGUCUACUAUAUCUGGAGGCUCAGGAGAGAGCGCAUAUACAAGACCUGGGCCAUGCAGGUUCAUGUUUACGUAUGUUCAGCACCCUGCCAUUCUCCUGCUGUAAUAUGAACGCCUGUGAUUACGCCAGCCGCAACGACAAAUCUUAUUGGCUGUCUACAACCGUCUCAAUUCCCGUGAAUUCCACCCUGAGGGGGAUGGAAAUUCAACAACACAUCAGCAGGUGUGUGGUGUGUGAGGCGUCAUUGCCAGCCAUUACACUACACAGUCAAGACGGGACUAAACCAAAGUGUCCAUUCAAUUGGAGAAGGCUCUGGUUCGGAUAUUCAUUCCUUAUGCAUACAGGAUCAGGGGACGAGGGAGGUGGACAGUCUCUGGCAUCAACAGGAAGCUGUUUGCAGGACUUCCGCAGUCAGCCGUUCGUGGAGUGCCAAGGUCCGCGUGGCACGUGCCAAUAUUCCCCCACCUUCUACAGUUUCUGGCUGACUAGAGCGAACAUGCAGCACUUUGACUCCGUUCCUCACAGUACUGUGCUCAACGGACAGAAACAGCGCGAAAGCAUCAGCUCAUGCAGCGUCUGCAUGAAGAAAAACUGAGACAAGUCUCUCGUGUUUUCUAAAAAAAACUGCACUGAGAAUGCACAUCAAUAGGUCACUGGAGUGGAAGUGAUCGAGAUGCUUUUGGUCACUUUUUUUGGAGACGAUAAAAAGGACAUAAUUUGUGACCAUUUUUGUUGAACUACAGGCUGUGAACUUUUUACUUCACCGGAUUUGUUCCCACAUAGCUCAGUCUAACAUGACUUCCUUUAUGUCUUCUCAUUUUUAUUACAUGUUGGUGCUAGUAAAAACCAAGACCAUUUGCACAAAUGUCUGUACAGCAAUGUACAUUUUCUCCUUAGUUCCUUGUAUAAGCAAGUAUUAUGUUUGUGCACAUCAAAACAUUAUCAACACAAUAUUGUAAUGCUAGUUUAGCUCUAUGGUGUGAUUUUAUACCAAAACAAAGCAUGAAUAUUGAACCUUGAGAACAAAACCUAUAUCAAAUAGAACCGUAUGCUAGCUGCAGAUAACUAAAUUGCUAUUGCUGUCAGUGUAAAUGCAGCUUUUGGCAGGUAGUUGCAUUUUUUUUCUGUAUAGAAAUCAGCAGAUUACUGGAUUUAUACACUUGAAUUUAUAAUUUUCUUGAAUUUAAACCAAGCAUUGUGCAGAAUUAAGUUAUCUUUGUUCAGCUAAUUAUUUGGGGAAAAUCCAGUCAUUUCAAUUGGAAUCCACGUGAUUUCACUUAAAGGUGAGAGAUUUUACCAUGCAAAUUUCCCAACUGGUUCAGAGAAUCAGCUGACCAACAGACCAGUGGCGGCUCGUCGGGGGAGGUAGGGGAGGCACAGCUUCCCCAUAAUUUUGAGGUGAAAA